AGGGCUGAAGUAAGUCCAAUUCCAAACAGGAGCGAGAGAAGCAGGGAGCAGAGCAGAGGACCAUCCGACUACAGCACUGCACCUCUGCGGACAUCCGAAGUUUUGUAAAGUCCAGAAGAGCUCCGCAUUCCCCGGCUAUAACACAGACCUGUGAGAAGAGCUUGCGGUGGAUGUAAGAGCGCUCAGAGGCAGAAGAAAUGAGCAGAGGAACAGCGAAAGAACCGCACGGAUGCCAGCGACACUUCACACUGAUCACCGUGUUGCUCGUAGUCAACUGCGGGGCAGAGAUUCCUUCAGACCCAAAAGUGGAGGCCGCUUCCAGUUGGAACAUGUCCAGCGGAGCUGAAAGAGAUCACUUUCUAACGCUGGAUGCUCCGAUGAAUAACAUCACUACCUCCCUCGGACAGACAGCUGAGUUACAUUGCCACGUUUCAGGGAAUCCACCACCCACAGUCCGCUGGCUUAAAAACGAUGCCCCUGUGGUCCAGGAACCGCGGCGUGUCUCUUACAGGCCCACUCCGUACGGUUCCCGACUGAGAAUCCGAAACCUGGACACCACAGACACCGGCUACUUUCAGUGUGUGGCUACCAACACCUAUGGCACAGUAUCUACCACAGGAAUCCUGUUUGUCAAGUUUGAUCCGGCUCCCACCCCUCUGCCUGGAAGGCCUUCACCAGAUGAUUUUGAUGAGGAAGGUUUCUGCCAGCCAUACAGAGGGAUCGCGUGUGCUCGCUUCAUAGGAAACAGGAGUAUCUUCGUGGACUCUCUGCAAAUGCAGGGCGAGAUUGAGACCCAAAUCACAGCUGCGUUCACCAUGAUUGGCACCUCCAAUCACCUAUCAGAUCGCUGCUCCCAGUUCGCUAUCCCGUCCCUGUGCCAUUUUGCCUUCCCGACAUGUGACCGCAGCUCUGGCAUGGACAAACCGCGGGACUUGUGCAAGGACGAGUGUGAGAUUCUGGAGAACGACCUGUGUAAGACGGAGUACAUCAUCGCUCGCUCCAACCCCCUCAUCCUCAAGCGCCUCAAACUGCCCAACUGUGAAGACCUGGCAGCUCUGGACAGUCCCGAAGCCUCCAACUGCAUGAGAAUAGGCAUCCCAAUAGCCGAGACCAUAAAUAAAAGCCACAAAUGUUACAAUAACAGCGGUUCGGAUUAUCGUGGGACAGUCAGCGUGACUAAAUCUGGCCGUCAGUGUCAGCCGUGGAACUCGCAGUAUCCCCACAGCCACACCUUCCUGGCCAUGCGCUACCCAGAGCUCAACGGGGGACAUUCCUACUGUCGCAACCCCGGAAACAAGCACGACGCUCCCUGGUGCUUCACCCUAGAUGAGGGUGUGCGCAUGGAGCUCUGCGACAUUCCUCCAUGUGAUUUGCCCAAGCAUGGCAGCAGCAGCAGUAUGGGGAUCCUGUACAUCCUGGUACCAAGCGUUGCUAUACCGCUGGCUAUCGCCCUGCUGUUCUUCUUCAUCUGUGUGUGCCGAAACAACCAGAAAGCCUCACGUCCACCAGCCCCACGUCAGCCCAAACCAGUACGUGGCCAGAACGUGGAGAUGUCCAUGCUCACCGCAUACAAACCAAAGAGCAAAGCAAAAGAACUUCCUCUGUCUGCAGUGCGCUUCAUGGAGGAGUUGGGUGAGAGCAACUUUGGCAAGAUCUACAAAGGCCACCUGUACCUUCCAGGCAUGGAGCAAGCUCAGCUAGUGGCCAUAAAAACACUGAAGGACAUCUCAAGUGCACAACAUUGGGGCGAUUUCCAACAGGAAGCAUCUGUCCUGGCAGAACUUCAUCACCCCAAUGUGGUUUGCCUCCUGGGGGUCGUGACUCAGGAGCAGCCCGUCUGCAUGCUCUUCGAGUUUCUAGCCCAAGGAGACCUCCACGAGUUCCUCAUCAUGCGAUCUCCCCACUCAGACGUGGGCUGCAGCAGCGAUGAAGACGGAACCGUCAAGUCCAGCCUCGAUCACGGAGACUUCCUUCACCUGGCCAUCCAAGUCGCAGCUGGGAUGGAGUACCUCGCAAGCCACUUUUACGUCCACAAAGACCUUGCGGCAAGAAACAUCCUGGUUGGUGAGCAGCUUCACAUCAAGAUCUCCGAUCUUGGCUUGUCGAAAGAAAUCUACGCCUCAGAUUAUUACAGAGUCCAACCCAAAACGCUCGUUCCUAUUCGCUGGAUGCCACCAGAAGCCAUCAUUUACGGGAAGUACACAACAGACUCUGACAUUUGGGCGUUCGGUGUGGUUUUGUGGGAGAUCUUCAGCUUCGGCCUGCAGCCCUAUUAUGGUUUCAGCAACCAGGAAGUGAUGGAGAUGGUACGGAAGAGGCAGCUUCUGCCCUGCCCAGAGGAUUGCCCUCCUCGUAUGUACGCGAUGAUGACCGAGUGCUGGCAGGAGGGUCCGGCUCGACGACCGAGAUUCAAAGACAUCCACGUCCGACUACGUGCUUGGGAGGGCCUGUCCUCCCACGCCAGCUCCAGCACGCCAUCUGGAGGCAACGCCACCACCCAGACUACCUCUCUGAGCGCCAGCCCCGUCAGCAACCUCAGCAGCCCACGCUACGCCGGAUACAUCUAUGGAGCUCCGCAGAGCCUCCCGCCAGGACAAAUCGCUGGCUUCAUGGCGGCACCGAUGCCUCAAAGCCAGCGUUUUAUACCUGUAAACGGAUACCCUAUCCCAACAGGCUACGCUGCCUUCCCUGCUGCCCAUUUCGCUGCGACUCAGGGCCCUCCACAGGUGGUGCAGCACUGCCCUCCGCCGAAGAGCCGGUCGCCCAGCAGCGCCAGCGGCUCAACCAGCACGGGUCACGUGACCAGCGUCCCCUCCACAGGCUCUAAUCAUGAUGCCAAUACACCUUUGCUUUCUCAUUGUGUCACUCUGACGCCCAUAUCAGCAGUGCCGGGCGGCACAAUGCCAAUGUUCGGACAUAUGGCACAGAAAGCCAUGCAAAUAGACCCGAGUCAGGCGGCGCUUUUGGCUGACACUAACAGACUGAUAUACAGUGAAUCCAUCAUUACUGCCGAUUUGUGAAUACAUGUUUUGUCCUGUAUAUUGAUUUAUUGAAUUAUUGAUAUUUUUAUGUCUUUUUUCUUCCUUGUAAAUAUGAAAUAGCCUGAAAAAAAUGCGAAAGUUUAUAUUUUAAUGUUGUUUUAUAAAUGUGUCUUAAAGUGAUAGUUCACAUAAAAAAUUUAACUCUGUCAUUCAUUACUCACCCGCAUGUUGUUUUUAAACCUGUAAGACUUUAGUUCAUCUUAGAAACACAAAUUAAGGUAUUUUUGAUGAAAUCUCAAAUCCGCAUAGACAGAAAGAGAACUGUACCACUGAUGUCACACAAACUAUUUUAACAAUGUCCUUACUACCUUUUUGGGCUGUCUAUAAAGAGGCAGAAAGCUCUAGAAUUACAUCAGAAUAUCUUAAAUUGUGUUCAGGAUAUGACCCAAGGUCUUAUGGGUUUUGGAAAGUCAUGAGGGUGAGUAAUUAAUGACAGAAUUUAAAUCUUUGGGUGAACUAUCCCUUUAAAAGAAACUUGCAUAUUCACAUAUUCUCUGUGAAGUUAAUGCCACUUUUUUUCGACAAAACGUGGCCUUAAAAUGUCCUUCUUGCAACCAGAACUUUGAAAUCAUGACCUUUUUCAAGAUUAUUUUCGACAGAGCUGUCGGUUUAUCAUCCGUUUUGUGUGCUUUUUCACUCAUUGACGACUUCAGUCUUGGUCCCUGUCCCUUCACUACAUUUUUUUUGACUUCGCUUGGACUUUUGGAAUCGGUUAAAUCACUUUAUUAUUGCAUUAAAGUCCAACCCUAUAUACCCUAAGUUCCCAAAUUAAUGGAACACUUUUGCAAUCACUGAUGCCUUCAUAUGAAAAAAUGUUGCUUUAAUUAUGGUCACCAUACGUGCCUGCAUUUUAUUAGGAGGUCAUGCAUUUCUACAUAAGAGAAUGUGUUUUGUGACAUUCUGCUGUUACUGUGGUGUUAUUCAAAUUAUUUCAAUACACAGGACACAGGGCUGUGUUCGCUGUAAGCCAGCGACUUCUCAGGCAGCAUUUGUGUUUCUAAGGUACUGCCAGGCUUUUGAAGUGGCAUGCGUAGCUGCAACAAAAUAGUGAGAACUCCGGAGCUCACCAAGCAUAUAUUUAAGCAUCUUAUUAUUCAUUAAUUCAUUAAGAGAAAUUAAAGAGAUAGUUCACCCAAAGAUGAACGUUUUACCAUCAUUUACUCACAUAUAUCAAUGAGGAAAUCUAAGAUGAUAGGAUGUGACACAAUCAUUGAAUUCAGAUGUGCCUUUUUGCCUUCCUACCUCCAUAUACAGCAUUUCUUAGCUUUCGGACAACGCCUGGAUUUUUUUGGUUUUAGAGUAAUAUAAAUAAAAUUCAGGCAACCAGAAAACAUUCUCAUGAUUUUUAUACUCUGUACGUCUCUUAGCCCAGAGCACACAUGAAUAUUUUAAAUUGUCAGGAUAACAUUUUAUUUUUCUAACUGAGUCAAAUUUUCACAUCACUGUUUGGCAAAGCGUAUGUGAAAUCUGUGCUAAUCUGUUUUUCUAAAAUAAACUUCUCACUGCCUAUAGAAUGUAAUGCCUCAUAAUUUCCUCUAGAGGUCAGUGUCACUCUGCGACUCUGAUUGAAUGAAGUUUUUUUAUAUAUAUUUGUCUCAUGUUAAUACUUUAUGUGCUGGCGAUUUUCAGCUUUCAUUUGACGCUUGUCAACUUUAUUCUCUCUCGAGUUUGUAACUUGUUUUAAUCUCACAGAAACAGAGAUUAAACAAAUCAUUUUAGUAAGCAGCUGUAUGUCACGUUCAUUCUAAUUUUGGUUUGUUGCUAUGCAACUGUUUAAUUCAACGACACCCUUUUCCUGUGUUGAAUACAAUCGAGAAUUUAUCUUUUAUGCAGGGUACAGUGUUUGUGAAGACAUGAUUGCUUGUGACCUGUGCCUUUUGGACAAUCUCAUGACGUGUCAUGACAUUUCAUGAACGGACGUUUUGCAUGAUAAACAGAUGUGUAGAUCAAUGGUUUAUUUUUAUAUGAUUUGUCACACAAUUUUACAAUAUCCCAGUCUUAUUAAUGUACUUCUGAACAUACAGUGUGUUGACAUUAUAAAAACCACUUAAAGAAA